CCAUACUCUCUCAAUAUAGGUACUCUAUGAAAAGAGGGACACAACACGCAAUUCUCAGCGAUCGAUGAGAUUGAGGCUAAUCAGCCAUCAUGUCACUUCUGUUAUUAAAUGGCCGCCUGAGAUUUAUACUAACUCGUAAUAUUAUUAAAAGGUAUAGAUGUGUACAAAUUCGUGAUAUUUGUUGUGUGAAGUGAACAAUAUAGCUGAAAAUGGUUUUCGAGGGUCAACGUUCAACAGCGACACCGAUGACCUAUUGUCACGACUCAAUUUUCAGCUUGUGAAGUCGGCUUAAUUUAGUUGUUAGACUAAACCUCUGCUCAAAAGCAGGCUAGAUUCAUACCUACGCAUCCUUGGAACGCGCGCGAUGUAACUAUAGCCUGUGUCACACUUUCAAAGCUAGCUUUCAAAAUAUCAAGGUCAGGUGUUGUGAUUGGUUAAUUCGAUGACUUGGACCAACCACAGCACUUGACCGUGACAUUUUGUUGGAGUAUUUUGUUAGUGUGACACAGGUUACUGUUAUCUUGAGGUCCCAAGUUACCACGGAGCAUCAGAUUAACGCUACGAUAAGAAUCAGCAUCUUCAAAUUUGCGCGCGACGCAGGCCGCGCAGUUUACCACUUUCAGUUCGUGGCACUGUUUUGAUCGGAGUUGUUGUCAUAGGUCAAGGAGUAAUCCACCAAUUGAGCUGACCAAAAAUGACUGGUAGAGGUGGACGCGGUGCUGCCUUGGAAAGCCUUCUCCAAGCUGAGGCAGCAAGAAGGCCAGGGGAGGAUGAGCCCCAACCUAUCAGAAGCGGCGGCAGAGGUGCUGCAAUAUUUGCCCACGUUCAGUCGCAAGACGCGGCCCCAAUUGGGAGGUCAGGCAGGGGCAUGGUCUUACCCGAUUCAAGUGAAGAACAAUUAAGGCCAAUUGGGCGUGGAGCAGCAUCGCGAGCAUUACAAGAAAACCUGCCAACUGCACCUAUAGGCCGUGGAGCUAUACUUCAGAAUGUUGGAAGAGGAGCAUUACUGUCUCAAAUUGAUACAUCUUCUGUUGUAUCAGAUCCCUCAUCUUUGAAAAGCGGAACAAUUUCAGAAAUAACUGCUGUUACUAGUGCCCUGGCUGAAACUGCCAUCACUUCCUCCAGUAGGUCUUCUCCUAGUUCAGCUGAACCUGUUUUUUAUAAGGGCAGUGAAGGAACGACAAUCCAGGCUGUUGUCAACUACUUAAAACUUGAUAUUAUUGAUGAGAAAGGCAUUUAUGAGUAUGAAGUACGGUACAAUCCACCAAUAGACCACAGGGGGCUCAAGAGUAAACUCUUGAGACAACUAGAGUCAACAAUUGGAAAUGUCAAAAAUUUUGAUGGGACCGUCUUGUACCUUCCUAUCAAGCUGCAGGAGCCUGUUUACACUCUUCCAUGUACAAAUCCUAACGAUGAGUCUAAAGUGAUGUGCACCAUUAAGUUCAAAAAGACCCAUAGAAUUUCAGAAUGUAUACAUUUUUAUAAUGUACUUUUCAAUAAAAUACUCAACAAAUUGGGUCUCGUCCAAUUUGGACGCAAGUACUUCAGUCCUGCCAUGAAAAAACCUUUGCCAAAAUACCAAAUGGAAGUUUGGCCGGGAUAUGUAACAGCUGUUGAUGAAUAUGAAGGGGGUCUUUACCUCAACAUUGAUGUCUCACAUAGAGUUCUGAGAACAUCAACUGUUUAUGAUGUUAUGAGAAAUUGCAUACAGAAUUCUCCAGGAAAUUGGAAGGACCAGUUCACCAAGGAGAUUCUUGGUUUCUCUGUCAUAACUCGAUAUAAUAACUCUGUGUACAAAGUGGACGAUAUAGACUUUGACCUCACACCUGCGCACAAGUUCCCACGCCAUGAUGGAACUGAGAUCAGCUACUGUGAAUAUUAUAAACAACAGUAUGAGAUAACUAUCCGAGAUGUUAAUCAACCUAUGUUAAUUCAUAGAAAGAGAAAACGGGACAUCCAAGCUGGCAAUGCCGAGCAGCUCAUUUGUUUAGUUCCUGAACUGUGCUGUGAGACAGGCUUGUCAGACAGUCAACGCAGUAAUUUCACUUUAAUGAAAGACCUGGGAAAUGUCACAAAACCCACCCCAGAAAUGCGCCUAAGUUCUUAUGAACAAUAUGUACGAAGUGUCAAAUCUAAUCCAGAGGCCAUCAAAAUUUUGAAGGAUUGGGGUCUAUCGUUUACUAGUGCAUCGACUGAUUUGCAAACCAGGGUCAUUGCUCCUGAAAAGAUCCUAUUCGGGAAGGGCAUAGAAGAACCUGCCAAUCCGAACGCUGACUGGAACCGAGCGGCUACCUCCAAGCCCUUGUUAUGCCCAAUGAAAAUGGAGAAUUGGGCGAUAAUUUACACUCGAAAAGACGAAGGUCCUGUUCGAACUUUUGAAGAGCAUAUGUUCAAGUCAACAAAGCAAAUGGGCAUUUUCAUUAAUAAACCUGCCAUGUACCUAUUACCAAACGACAGUGCGCAGGAAUACCUGAAAAAAUUGAGAGAAAUAAUCAGGAAUGGUCUACAAAUUGUUGUUAUCGUAUUUCCAAGUUUGCGGGAAGACAAAUAUGCAGCUGUUAAGAAGUUGUGCUGCUCUGAUCAAGCCAUCGCUUCUCAGGUUUUUCUAGGAAAAACACUUUCAAAGCCUGACAAAGCCCGCUCAAUUGUACAAAAAAUUGCCUUACAAAUGAACUGUAAAAUGGGAGGCUCCCUCUGGGCUGUACACAUUCCUGUGCCGCCAUCUGUCAAAUUGAUGGUCUGCGGAAUGGAUACGUAUCAUGAAGGUGCCCAAAAAUCAAACAGUGUCUCAGCGUUUGUAGCCAGCAUGAACGAAAGUUUCACGCGAUGGUAUUCCAAAGUGGCUCUUCAAAACAAGGGACAAGAAAUAAUAGAUGAGUUAAAGCUCAUGUUUUCUAGCUGUCUGAAACAGUUCCAUCGUGUAAAUGGAAAGUUCCCUGAUCGAAUCAUAAUUUACCGAGAUGGUGUCGGUGAUGGUGCGAUGAAACUGAUCAGAGAUUAUGAAAUUGCUCAAAUCGAAUCGGUCUUUAGAGUAAUUGCGCCUGAUUACAAUCCUAAAUUCACCUUCAUAGUAGUUCAAAAGAGGAUAAACACCCGCAUUUUUCUUCGUCGGGGUCGUCAGUUAGAGAAUCCACCCCCAGGCACAAUUCUCGACCACUCUGUGACAAGGAAACAUUACAAAGACUUCUUCCUCGUGCCGCAACUAGUGAGACAGGGAACUGUUUCGCCCACCCAUUACGUCAUCUUGUACGAUUCCGAAAACAGUUUAUUGAAACCCGAUAUGGCUCAAAAAAUAACAUAUAAACUGUGCCACUUAUACUACAAUUGGCCGGGAACAAUCCGCGUCCCCGCUCCAUGCCAGUAUGCCCAUAAACUGGCGUACCUGAUCGGGCAAAGUGUUAAACGGCCCCAUGCAGAAGUUCUAGAUGACAAGCUAUUUUACCUGUAGAGGAAUGGGAAACAGAACAAACGUGUUCUAUUUGUAAAUAGGUUUACUAAAUCAAUGAUCUCUGUAUAGUGUUUCUUGUUAUUUUCUGUCAGAUUUUAAUGAGAACUUUUCUUCUCAAGUUCUUUUUAUAUACCUCAAUUUAUUAUAAUGGCGACUCAAAUCAAUCCUUAAAAAGAGGAAAAUUGCUGAAAAACUCGACAAACAGCAUGGAAUUUUAUACCUCGUUUAUUUUUAUUUCCCCCUCAAUGUUUAAACUUCUAUUUUGUUCAAAAUUGUAUCCGUUAUUGUCAUGUGAAUGUUUUAAUGUUAUCAUGAAGUGACUGAUCUAAAUGAAGCCCUUGAUCCUUCAUAAUUUUUUAAUAAGACUCCCCUCUAAAAUUUGAGAUGACGCGGCUUUAAAUUUUGCCAGAUUGUCAUAAUUGACUGAACCUCUGACAGAAACAGUUUCAUAUAUGUAGAUCCUGAAAUUUGUCAGUUUAUAAUUUCAAUGUUAAAAUUGUAUCGAUGAGCAUAUUUUUUUAAUGAAUUUAAUCAGUUCUCCUAGAAUUUAAGAAUCAUUAAUUUUCAAAUUGAAUUUUUAUCGAAUGUUUUAAUUUGAAUCUCAUUACAUUUCCUAAUCAAAACGAUUAAAGUUUCCAAGUUCAAUCAUACCUAAAUUUUCAAAUUCCAUCUUCAUCAAAUUUCUUACUUCAUAUCAAAUUGAAUUUUCAAAUUUAUAUUUUUUUAAAUUUAAGUCGAAAAUCUAUAAAAUUUUCACGUUUCAUUUGUAAUUGGCUCAGCAUUUUCAAUGUUCAUUGCUGUAAUUGAUUGUGAAAAUCAAAUACGUCAUAAAUAUCUCUCUGAUUAAUUUC